UAACUGUGCUGAUAUCAUUCGAUAGUAAAGGAAUUGGAAAGAUAUUUUAAAAACACUGACGGAUUUGUAAAUAAUUAUCUAUAGAAACAUAAGAACAAAUAAAAAACAAAAUGUUAUCGAAGCUUGAAAAACCCUCACUUAAAUUAACAAAUAAGCAAGUCUUGGAAGAGAUUGCACAAUACAAAAGAUGUUUUAGGGAAAUAAGUAAGGUUCAUUAUGAGCAACCGGAAAUACUAAAACAUUUGGAUAAAGAUACUUUGAUAACCGCUGCUUCGCUUAUACCGGACUUAAAUAUUUUGGUCGAACGUAUGGCAAAAAUGAAAGAUGACAGUUUCAUAUAUAUCUCUUAUAUGCUACCCUCCUCAGAUAAAUAUUUUACGCCAUACAGUUUAAUAGAGGUUGAGUACAGAAAAUUACCAGAUCCACAUCAUUACUUCACCAUGAGCCGGCAUGGCGUUACUCACUGGCAUCUCGAUGAGAACUUCUUUACACCGCUACGUCAGUGGCAACAGGAGUUUCAACAAUUCUUAAGUAUCAUUAAAGUGAGAACUUUUGCUAAUUUUCGUCUGUGGAAGGGUUUCAAGGUCUGGGAGAAGAGAGUAAAGUGGAAAAAAUUUAAUGAAGCUAAAUUACAUUUGGAAGAUAAUCUCUUCAUUGCUAUACCGCAGUUAGGCAAAGCUAUAUUAAAACUGCGAAAAGAGGUUGUGAAAUUGGAAAAAUUGAAUUUUAUUAAUGUCACCGUUAUCGAGGAUUGGCAUUCAUUUUACUUCCUUGAAUUGCAUAUGCGUAUCUAUGAGCAAAUGCAAGAAAAAUUCUAUUAUUUCCGGAAAGAGACACAAGCAUAUCUAUAUGAGGCAUGUCUCUUUGCUUUGCUCGAAAAAGGUUUCUAUCCCGAUGAUGAAGUAAACUACUUUCCUUCUAUUAAAAAAAUGAGAGAUGCACUCAGUUUCAUGGAUAGGGCUAAAAAGCGGAAUUACUGCAAAAUGCUCUCCAAUUUCUUAAGUUUUUGUGAUCGUGUAGUAGGACAUAUGUUGCACAAGAUAGUUGCACAGAGCACUAACGAUCUGGCAGUAGCUUUGCAAACACAUGAUGAACUGGGCCCAACAGUGGAACAAAUAGAAGGAAAUCUCUCAGUAAGUGAACAAAUCGAGCCAAAGAGACCAGAUAAUAAACCACAGAGACCGUUCCUACUUGCUGAACUUAUUAUGCUUUCUGAUCGCAUUGAAGUUGACCCAUCUGAAGAAAUAUUGAGAGUAAUAUUUCAUCGUAUUCAUUCACUUAUUUUGGACACUGUAAUGGCAUUCAAAUCAUUUACUGAUGAUCCAACGUUUAACCAAUUUACUGAACCCUGUAUAAUGGGAAGACAAGAGGAACGUUUAUCGGAACCAGCGCCAGCACUAUCAUUUUUGUUUCGUACAGAUAAAGUUUAUCAAGCCAAUCGCAAAUCUAUCUACACAAAUAUACAUAAUGCCUACAUUAAGGCCAUAGCCUAUACCAAACGUUUUACGACGAUACGGCUUAACUAUGAAAUUGAUUUGACAACCGAUCCAACGUUACUUAGCACGGAAAGAGACUUGGAAAAAUUGCGCGAAUAUUGUGAUCGAUAUUGCAAUAAUGUACGUGCUUUAGAUGGUAUUUUGUCUGAUGUCAAUUUAGGUUUAUUGAGAUUAACACAAUCCAGCUUUAAGGACACUGUGACACCAGUGUGCCAUAAACUUCAAAAUGUUUUGGCAAUGUGGAUUCCAAAACUUGCUAUGCAGGAAGUGACACGUGUAACGCAUGAAUGUUCGGAAUUAUAUAGAAGGAUAAUAGCGUUACCUGAUUCAACACUAGCCAUUGUUGAACAUUUACAUUUUCUUGAAAAUGUCGAGAGCUCUUUGCUAGCUUUAAUGACUCAAGUUGACUAUGCCCAUGACUUAUUCAUAAUUAUGAAAGAUUUUGAAAUACCCAUUGAUGACGAACGCAAAGAGGAUUAUAUGGAUUGUGAAGAUUUAGUUAAUCGUACCAUUGACACAUUACAUGAAACACGUGAAAAACGACAAGAAUUCGUAAAUCUUCUAAAAGAAAAGAUAGAUGAAGAUAUUAUCAAAUUAUUUGAAGACAUAGCACAGAUAACAAAAGAAACAGAAGCACCUCAUUUGUUGGAUAUUAAGUCAGAUUCUGAAAAGGUUUUGCCAGAACUAAACGCAUUGUAUGAUCGACUUGUGAAAUGUCAAGAAAAAUCUAAUGAAUUGGUUGGCUUCCAACGUGAAUUUAAGCUCGAUAUAACACGUUUCGAGGAAAUAGGUAAUACGUUCCAAAAGAUUCGUUUACGUCAAAAUCUCUGGAACAAUUGGGAAGAAUGGGAGCUUGCAUUGGAAGAAUGGUAUGGCAUGGAAUUCAGUUCUCUCAAUGUUGAAGACAUGGUCAAUCUUAAUACAAAGAUAAUUAAAAAUUGCAUGCAGUAUGAAAAAUAUUUACCAGAAAAUGAAAUUGUACCAAUGCUGAGGGAAUCUGCUGAAGAAUUCAAAACUAAAUUGCCGGUGCUCACCUACUUACGUAAUCCGAAUCUCAAAAUUCGCCACUGGACCAUUAUUGAGAAUCUCUUACAAAAGAAACUAUGCGGAGAACAAAACAUACACAUAAAAACAUUUGAGGAAUUGAAUGCUUUUACUGAUGAAGUCAUGGAGGUUUUGAUGGAAGUAUCAUCACAAGCCACGGGUGAAGCGCAACUUGAAUCCAUGCUCAAGAAUCUUGAGAAUAUUUGGAAAACUACUGAAUUAUCGAUUGUACAACAUCACGAUCAAAAUGAUGUAUUUAUACUUGCGGGUACUGAAGAGUUGCAACUUAUAUUGGACGACUCUAAUGUGAAUAUAAAUACUAUAGCGGCAUCAAAGUUCGUGGGUCCUAUAAGAAAUAAAGUUAAUGAGUGGAUAACCGAUUUGGAACAAUUUGGUGAAACUUUAGAGGUUUGGAUGGAAUGUCAAACAUCUUGGAUUUAUUUAGAAGCGAUUUUCGCUUCACCAGAUAUACAACGACAACUGCCCAAAGAAGCCAAAAUGUUUUUGGUGGUUGAUAAGAAAUUCAAAGAAAUUGUGAGGAGUGCUAAAAAGACUUCACUAGCGCUUGCUGUAAUGGCAGAUAGAGAAAACUAUGAGGCACUUAAAGAGAACAAUCGUUUACUGGAUUUGAUAACAAGAGGACUAGAAGCUUAUCUAGAAGUGAAACGUGUGGUAUUUCCAAGAUUCUACUUUUUGUCUAAUGAUGAACUUCUUGAAAUUUUGGCGCAAACACGUGUACCUCAAGCUGUGCAACCGCAUUUGCGCAAAUGCUUCGAUGCCAUUUAUCGUCUUGAGUUCGGUCAGAAGGAAGGUGGAGAAGGUGGUAAACCAAGUCCAACAAAUGAUAUUUUAGCCUUUAUAUCACCUGAGGGAGAAAAAUUACUCUUUGGUAAAGGUCUUAAGGCACGCGGUGCUGUGGAGGAAUGGCUAAGCAAAGUCGAAGAAGCUAUGUUCAUAGCGGUCAAACGUUAUAUGCGCUUUGGUUAUCAAUGUUAUCCAGCAAAGGAGCGACAUGAAUGGUUUCAAGAUCAUCCAAAUCAAAUUGUUUUGACUGUUUCACAACAGCAGUGGGCAGCUGAUGUACACAUGAUUUUCGCCGGUGGUGAAGUAAAACUACGAUUAGAUGCUGGUCAAGACGACGAAAAAUCAAAUAUUGUGAAAAACAUGCAACUAUUUGAGAAGAAAUGCUUCAAAAACUUAGCUGCUUUGGCAGCAUUAACAAGAACUAAUAUUACCUCAUUACUCCGUAAAAUACUAUGCGCCCUCAUCACAAUUGAUGUACACGCAAAGGAUUCUGUGAAUCUUUUACUAGAAAAAAGAGUUACCAAAAUCACUGAUUUCAACUGGUUGAAAAUGUUACGAUUCUAUUGGAAUCCAGAUAAUGAUACGGCAUACUCACGUAUGGCUUCUGCCAACAUACCUUACUACUAUGAGUAUUUGGGUGCCGGUGGUGUUUUGGUGUUAACUCCGUUGACUGAUCGUUGUUACUUAUGCUUGAUGGGUGCGUUUCAGAUGGAUUUAGGUGGUGCGCCAGCUGGACCUGCUGGUACUGGUAAAACAGAAACAACAAAAGAUUUAGCAAAAGCAGUAGCAAAACAAUGCGUUGUAUUCAAUUGUUCCGAUGGCUUAGAUUAUAAAAUGAUGGGACGUUUCUUUUCUGGAUUGGCACAGUGUGGUGCAUGGUGUUGCUUUGAUGAAUUUAAUCGAAUUGAUAUUGAAGUACUCUCAGUCAUUGCUCAACAAUUGAUUACAAUACGUAAUGCAAAAGUGGCUAAAGUUAAACGUUUUAUGUUUGAGGGUCGUGAAAUAAAGUUAAGUAGUUCAUGUUCUGUAUAUAUUACCAUGAAUCCCGGAUAUGCUGGACGUACUGAAUUGCCUGAUAACUUAAAGGCACUUUUCCGUCCUAUUGCUAUGAUGGUACCUGAUUAUGCUCUAAUUUCUGAAGUCAUAUUAUAUUCCGAAGGCUUCGAAUAUCCCAAAGUGUUGGCCAAUAAAAUGGUACAAAUGUACAAACUGUGCAGUGAACAGUUAAGUCAACAAAAUCAUUAUGAUUUCGGUAUGCGAGCUGUGAAAUCUGUUUUGGUAAUGGCAGGCGCAUUGAAACGUGCAGCGCCAGAUCAACGUGAGGAUAUUACAUUGAUCGCUGCGUUGCGUGACUCGAAUAUACCUAAAUUUUUGGCUGACGAUGCACUAUUAUUCCGUGGCAUACUUAGUGAUCUAUUUCCGGGAGUUGUUUUACCCGAUUCUUCUCAUCCAGAUUUAGAAGAGAGUCUAAAAAUUGGCCUAACUGAGAAAAAUCUACAAUCUACGCCUACAACGAUACGUAAAUGUAUACAAUUAUAUGAAACAAUGUGUGUACGUUGGGGUGUUAUGUUGGUUGGUCCAACCGGUGGUGGUAAAUCGACAGUCUUGCAUGCUCUAGAAUUUGCUCUGGCGCAUUUAUAUGAUAUUCAAGUGCCCGGUCCAAAUUUUCGACACGUCACCAUACAGACAAUGAAUCCCAAAGCAGUUACUAUGAACGAACUUUAUGGUUAUGUGGAUUCCAAAACACUCGAGUGGCAAGAUGGCUUAUUAGGUUUAGCUGUAAGAACGGCAGUAAAUAUAGAAGAUGAAAUUCAUCAAUGGAUUGUAAAUGAUGGCCCAGUCGAUGCUGUGUGGAUUGAGAAUUUAAAUACUGUACUGGAUGAUAAUAAAAUGUUGUGCUUAGCAAACUCAGAACGUAUAAAACUUACCGCAUGGGUGCAUAUGGUCUUUGAAGUACAGGAUUUGAUACAGGCUUCACCUGCUACGGUUUCACGUUGCGGUAUGGUAUAUGUAGACCCUGAUGAUUUGGGUUGGUUACCACUGGUCGAUUCUUGGAAGAAUGGAGAUAUUAAAGCGAAAUUAUCUCCGGCACAGAUGGAAUAUUUAUACUCAUUAUUUAUAAAUCAUCUUUUUGAUCUGGUAAAAAUUGGUAUAAAGUAUGGAGCGUUUUUAAUUCAUCAAGUAACAAAUGCUAAAGUUCGGCUCUUGUGUGAACUACUUGCAGCUCAAAUAGAGCCAUUACGUUGGUCCGGAAUUGGCGAUGAAAACUAUCAGCGUUUGCUGUGCAAAAUGUUUGCUUGGGGUGCAUUAUGGUCAGUGGCGUGCAAUUUCAAAGAUGCUGAAAAGAGGAAUUUUGAAAAAUCCGUACGCGAAGUGAUGGGAAAAGAACCAUUUAUGAAAUUUCCAAAUAGUAGUCUUUGGGAUUAUCGUGUUAAUGUUGAACGUGAAGAAUGGGAGAAUUGGAGUCAUCUCAUUGAAGAGUUCGCUUAUGAUCCAAAUGAUAAGUAUUUUGAUAUGCAAGUACCUACAAUAGAUACCACAAAAUUUGGGUACGUUUCCGAACUUCUGUUCCUGCGCAGAUUUCCGGUUAUGUAUACGGGUGAUACUGGCUUUGGUAAAACUGUGCUAGCUGCUAAAACUCUUAAAAAGCUCUCCACAGGAAAAAUUGUUCCAGCUUUUAUUAACUUUUCUGCACAAACUACCAGCUCACGUACCCAAGAAAUGAUUGAGGGUUCUCUUGAAAAGAGGAAGCGUACUCAACUCGGUGCACCAAUCGGAAAAACGGUUAUCAUAUUUAUUGAUGAUGUCAAUAUGCCUAAAUUGGAUACUUACGGUAGUCAGCAUGCUAUUGAACUACUAAGACAAUUUUUAGACUUUGGAGGUCUUUACGAUCGGGAGAAACUGUUUUGGAAAGAAAUUUUAGACGUUGUACUUGGAUGUGCAUGCGCUCCUCCUGGAGGUGGUAGGAAUCCUUUAACUCCACGUUUCGUAAGACACUUUGCUCUCUUCUCCUUGCCAAAGCCGCUCGAUGAAACCUUAACAACUAUAUUUAGUGGUAUCCUAGGAGGAUUUCUGAGUGACUUUACACCUGCCUUACAUGAAUUAUGUACACCAAUCGUUAAUGCAUGUGUCGAUGUAUAUAUGCGUGUAUCACAGGAAAUGUUACCAACACCAGACAAAUCGCAUUAUAUAUUCAAUUUGCGUGAUCUCUCCAAAUGCAUACAAGGCAUCCUACAAGCAAGCUAUGCAAAUUAUAUCAUGGAAUCACAGUUAUUGCGUCUCUUCUAUCAUGAGACCACUCGCGUGUUCCACGAUCGGCUUAUAAAUAAAGAAGAUAAAACAUUCUUUAAUAAUUUGUUAAAUGAUGUUUGUUUGAAACAAUUUGGUAAACAAGUGGUAAAACCAAAUGAACCACCAAUAGUUUUUGGAGAUUUUAUGAUAUUCGGUCGACCAAAACCAGAGCGUGUCUAUGAAGAAAUAAGAGAUUAUAAAAAACUUGAAAGUAUUUUAAUGGAUUAUGUUGAAGAUUUUAACUCAUCAACUGGCAAAAGUAUGCGUCUUAUACUUUUUCAAGAUGCUAUAGAACAUACAGUACGUUUGGUACGUUUACUACGUAGUGAUCGUGGCAAUGGUUUGCUCGUUGGUAUUGCCGGUAUGGGUAAACAAUCCCUAACGAAACUUGCUUCUCAUGUGAAUGAGUAUAAGUGUAUACAAAUUGAAUUGAAAAGAAAUUAUGAUUUGAAUGCUUUCCAUGAAGACUUAAAGGUUAUAUAUCAAAUAGCAGGUGUUGAGAAUACUCCAGUUGUAUUUUUGAUGAUUGAUACACAAAUAGUAGAAGAAGAAUUCCUAGAAGAUAUGAAUAAUAUAUUGAAUUCUGGUGAAGUGCCAAAUCUGUUUGAAGGUGAUGAUUAUGAGAAAGUUAUACUGGACACACGUGAAUCGUGUAAUGCAGCGACUAAAGGAGGCGGUUGCACUCGUGAUGACAUUUACAAAUUCUUUAUUAAUCGCGUACGUAAUAAUUUACACGUUGUCCUCUCCAUGAGUCCUGUGGGUGAUGCUUUUAGACGUCGCUGCCGUAUGUUUCCUUCAUUAGUGAAUGCUACUACUAUCGAUUGGUUUACCAGUUGGCCAACUGAAGCUUUGUAUUCUGUGGCUUUAGGCUUGUUAGUGGAGAUAACAAAAUCUGAAGAAGAGAGAAUAGCUUUAGCCAGUACAACUGUAUUUAUGCAUAUGACUGUAGAGGAAGCGUCAAAACAAUAUUAUAAAGAAAUGAAACGUCAUUAUUAUACCACACCCAGCAGUUAUCUGGAAUUACUUAAACUCUAUCAAAAUUUAUUGAAAACCAAAACCGAAGAAAUCAUAGCUAAACGUAAGCGUAUUAGCAAUGGCUUAAAUAAGCUUCUGGAAACAAAUGAAGUGAUCGUAGUAAUGCAACGUGAAUUAGAAGUUAUGGUACCACUGCUCGAUGAGCAAUCAGCAAGUAUGAAAGUACUACUAGAUCGCUUAGAUGUUGACAAUAAGGCUGCUGAUAAAGUCAAACACGCCGUUAUGCAGGAUGAAGCAGUAGCAAAGGAGAAAUCAGAACAGUGUAAAGUUAUAUCAGACGAUGCUAGUAAAGAUUUAGAAAUAGCAAUGCCAGCACUACGCGAAGCUGAAGCAGCGCUUAAUAGUAUUAGUAAAGCUGAUAUAAAUGAAUUGAAAUCUUUCACAACUCCACCAGCGCUAGUGCAGUUUUGUAUGGAAGCUGUUUGUAUACUACUUGGAGCAAAACCCACUUGGGCUGCAGCUAAGGUCGUUAUGAAUGAUGUGAAUUUCUUAAAACGACUAUUUGAAUAUGACAAGGAACACAUUAAAGAAGAUGUUUUAAAUAAAGUUAAGAAAUAUAUUGACCAUCCGGACUUUUCACCUGUCAAAUUUGAAAAAGUUUCGAAAGUAGCAAAAUCGGUAAGUCUUUGGGUAAUUGCUAUGGAUAAAUUUGCCAAAGUCUAUAAAGUUGUGGAACCAAAAAUAAAACGGAAAGAAGCAGCUGAAGGAGAACUGAAAGCCGUAACAGAAUUGUUACGCCGCAAACAAAAGGAAUUAGCUGAUGUUGAGGAAAAAAUACAAGCACUCAAAGAUGAUAUUGAUGAAAAAAAUCGUGAAUUUAAGAUUAUUCAGGAUAAAGUGGAUCUAAGUUAUACACGACUUAAUCGUGCUGCUCGUCUAACAUCUGCACUGUCAGAAGAAGAAAUUCGUUGGAAGCAAACUGUUAAGACUUUAACUAGUGACUUGGGAUGUGUACCCGGUGAUGUUUUGGUGAGUGCAGCUUGUGUCGCUUACUUAGGUGCAUUUUCAACUUCUUACCGCACCGAUUUGGAACAUCGCUGGGUGCAAAAAUGUCGUGAAUAUAAAAUUCCUUCCAGCAAGGAAUUUAAUUUGUUAACAAUAUUGGGUGAUGCAUAUGAAAUGCGUACUUGGACUAUGGCCGGAUUACCUAAAGACAACAUAUCUGUGGAAAAUGGUUUAUACGCCACUCGUGCGUUACGUUGGCCACUGAUGAUUGAUCCACAAGAACAGGCCAAUCGUUGGAUACGUAACAUGGAGAAACCAAACAACUUAAAGGUCAUUAAAAUGACCGAUGGUAGCUUAUUACGAGUUGUUGAAAAUUGUAUACGUCAAGGACUACCUGUACUUUUAGAAGAUAUCGAUGAAACUAUUGAUCCAUCUUUACGUCCCGUACUCCAAAGAGAAACAUAUGUACAAGAAGGUCGUGUAUACCUAAAGUUGGGUGAUGUGGUUAUAGAUUAUGAUCCAAACUUCAAGCUAUACAUGACAACAAAAUUGGCAAAUCCACAUUAUUUACCUGAAAUUUGCAUAAACGUGACUUUAGUUAAUUUCCUAGUAACGGAAAGUGGGCUUGAAGAUCAAUUGCUGGCUGAUAUUGUAGCUAUAGAACUGCCAGCAAUGGAACAGCAACGUAAUGAUCUUGUGGUUAAAAUUAACACAGAUAAGCAACAAUUGCUUGCUUUAGAAGAUAAAGUUUUAAAAUUGCUUUACAACUCUCAAGGCAACAUAUUGGAUGAUGAAGAAUUGGUAGAAACCCUGAAUGAUGCCAAAGAAACGUCAUUAAUCAUAGCAGCACGUUUAAUUGAUACGGAAGAGACCGAAAAGGUCAUAACCAAAACCCGAGAACAAUAUCGUUCGCUUGCUUCACGUGGUGCUAUACUCUACUUCGUUGUGGCUGGCUUAGCAGAAAUCGAUCCAAUGUAUCAGUAUAGCUUAAAAUACUUCUCACAAGUUUUCUGUAAUGUUAUACGUCUUGAGCAUGAAAAAGUAACUGUUGAGGAACGGAUCCGAUUGUUGAAAUUGGAUGAACUGAAAGCUAUUUAUGACAAUGUUUCACGUGGUUUAUUUGAAAAACAUAAAAUGAUAUUCAGUUUUCUCUUAGCUUUAUGUAUAGAAAGACAAGAGAAUCGUGUAAAUCAAGCGGAAUUUAAUUUUCUUAGUCGCGGUGUUGUGGGUUCUGUCUCUGAGAAACGUAUGCCAGCUAAUAUUAAAAUGAGUGAAUUAGAAUGGCUAUCUUGUGAGUUUUUGGAAGACAACUUUCCACAACAAUUCAGUGGAUUCACCAGUGCUAUAGCUACUCCCUUUUUCCUACAAAUACUGGACAAUAAAGAGGUCUUCAAUUUUUCACAAAGUAAUGCCGAACCCGUCGCUACCUGGAAUAAACGUCUAACAAACUUUCAAAAACUAAUGUUUGUAAAAGUCUUUCGUACGGAACGCUUUCUGCUUAAUGUCGUGAUCUAUCUCCGUUCUACGGUUGGGAAAUAUUUUACUGAAGCCUCAGCCACAGGAAACCAGCUUAAAGUUGUAUUUUUGGAUACUUCGAAUGUUACUCCUCUUGUCUUCGUACUGACAACUGGUUCGGAUCCAAUGUCAAACUUUUUACGCUUUGCCGAGGAAAUGAAAUAUAUGGAUAAAUUUUAUUCAAUAUCUUUGGGUCAAGGACAGGGACCAAUUGCUGAAAGUUUGAUAGAUAAAAGUUUACGUAUGGGUCACUGGGUGUUCUUGCAGAAUUGUCAUUUGGCUACCUCAUGGAUGUGUUCAAUGGAAACUAUUGUCAGAAAUAUUACAUUAGGAAUAACAAAAGCUCAUGACGAUUUCCGUUUAUUCCUAUCGUCAAUGCCAACAAAGAAUUUUCCAAUUAGCGUCCUACAAAACUCUGUUAAGCUUACAAAUGAACCACCAAAAGGCAUAAAAGCCAAUGUUUUGGGUGCACUUAAUGAUUUAAGCACUGAUUUCUUUGAAGUACAUGUACUCGGAUAUAAAUGGCGUGCAAUUGUUUUUGGUCUUUGUAUGUUUCAUGCUGUCAUACUUGAGAGACGUAAAUUUGGACCAUUAGGUUGGAAUAUAAUGUAUGAAUUCAAUGAAAGCGAUCGUGAAUGUGGUCUUAAAACAUUAGAAUUUUAUAUUGAUCGUGUUGUGGAGGAUGAUAUUGCUUGGGAUGCAAUUUACUAUGUAAAUGCCGAAAUUACUUGGGGUGGACGCGUAACAGAUUACUGGGAUCAACGUUGCUUGCGUACUAUAUUAAAAAUAUUCUCAUCAGCACAAAUUUUAAAACCCGAGUACAAAUACAGCCGCGGUGAUCCUUAUUAUAUGGACCCCGGCAAGGAUACUGUUGAGGAAUACUUGAACUAUGUGAAAUUCUUUCCUACUGUAGAGGAUCCAGAAAUAUUCGGCAUGAAUCAGAAUGCAAAUAUUGUGUUACAGACAAAGGAAACAAACUUUUUCAUUAGUACUUUGCUAUUAGGUCAACCGCGUGCUGCUGCCGAUGAGGGUCAAGCAGCAGAAAACGAUAUGUGUCUUGAAGUUAUAGCCAAGAUUAAAGAGGUACUAAUUACUAAAAUAAACAAAGAUAACAUAAACCCAGAGUUAUUAAAACUCGAUAACAACGGUCAACAACUUUCACUAACAACUGUAUUAGUACAAGAAGUUGAUCGUUUCAAUAAUUUCCUAGCGCUUGUACACGACAGCUUAGUCAAUUUAGCUAAAGCCAUAAAGGGUUUAGUUGUUAUGUCUGAAACUCUCGAGGAAGUUUUUCAAUCACUACUAACAAAUGUGGUGCCACGUUUAUGGGAAAAGAAAAGUUUUCUCUCCAUCAAGCCUUUACCCAGUUAUAUAGCUGAUUUUCAACGAAGAUUGGAUUUUAUAGCUACUUGGUCAGUAGAAGGUAACCCACGUUCUUAUUGGAUAAGUGGAUUUUUCUUUCCACAAUCAUUUCUAACGGGUCUGCUGCAAACACAUGCAAGAAAGCGUGUUUUACCGAUUGAUUCUUUAAAAAUAGAAUUUACAGUUUUUGAUCACUAUAUGAUACAACAAGAUUUCUUUGAAAGACGUCAACAUAAACAACAGGUGGAUAGUAUCUAUGGCAAUUUACCAGAAUCAAAUGAAGGUGGUGUCAAUGUACAUGGUAUUUUUAUAGAAGCUGCUCGCUGGGAUUCAUCACAGGGUGGCUUAUCAGAAUCACUGCGUGGUGAACUUUAUUGUCGUAUGCCAACAAUACGUUUUAUACCUUGCUUAGAACAACGAAAAAUUGAACGUUAUGAGUCUCCAUGCUACAAAACGCAAUCACGUUCUGGUGUUCUGUCGACGACAGGUCAUUCAACAAACUUUGUCCUAUCUGUACUAUUACAAAGCAAAUUCCCACCCGAUUAUUGGAUAAUGCGCGGUACGGCUCUAGUCACAGGCGUGUCCGAAAAUAUUUCCUAAAUUUGUUGUAGCUAAAUUAUUUAUUUUAUUUCUUUUUAUUAUUUAC